GAUAUAUAUAACUUUGAUUGCUCUCUGAACUUUCUCAUGGGCUUCUUCUUUGCACAAAACAGAAAAAAAAUUGUUUCUUUCUCUCCCCCUCUGCGUCUCUCCCAUCUUUAAGCCCUCAAGAUCUUCCUUGCUUUCGGUGCUGUGAAAAGCAAAUCUGAGGCUUGAGUCUUGUUUAUCCUUCUUUAAGGUUUCUGCUCUGUUUUUACAAAUUCGUUUAUUUCUCUCUCAAUCUUUUCUCUUACUACAAUCUUCUACACAACAGAAGUCUCUUUGGUUCCAUUUAUUAACGGUUUCUAUUAUCUUCUUAUUAGGGUUUUUCGUGUUCCUUGAAUCUUUUAUAUGUUCCCCUAAAGGUCUUGAACUUUUCUUGAGUUGCUUCCUCUUCAAGAUCUUAUCUUAUUCUGCUUAAAAAAUAAGCAGAAAGAAAAAAAAAUAUAUAUUUUUCUUUAAGAAAGUGAUGCGAAAAUAUUCCUGGAAUUUUCAAGGAAAUAAAUUGGUAUUAAGGUAUGUGUAAUAGUUCCCUAGCAUCAAAUUUCUGGAGUCAGAGCUUGCAGUUUUAGGAAGGAAACAGAGUAAAACAGAACAUUUGUUCAUGGAUUCAAGUAAUGAUAAUAGUUUUCACCACCAGAACAACCAAACUUGUUCUGGGUUAUUGAGGUUUCGGUCUGCUCCAAGUUCUCUACUUGCAAAUUUCAAUGAUGAUGGAGUUGGCAAUGAUCCUGUUUUGAGUUUUCAAGAAUUUGAGGAUAAAUCUGCAAUCAGAGUGAGAGAGGCAGCUUUGAAUUAUACGAACUCGCCACAAAGUUACUCUGGUUUGCCUCCUCAUUACCCUAGACAGAGUUCUGCCACAAGUUCUUCAGCUAUGGAUAGCUCAUACGGUUUGAUUGGUUCAAUGGCAAUGGGUCACCAUGAACAAGCCAAAAGGGUUGAUUCAAGUCUUGCUAGACAGAACAGCUCUCCUGCUGGACUUUUUGGAAAUCUCUCUGUACAAAAUGGCCAUGCCACCAUGAAAUGUAUGGGAAACUACGCUGGGGUGAAUGGUACUAAUGGAGAAGUAAGUCCAAGAUUGAAGACUCAACUUAGCUUCUCAUCAAGAGUACCUUCUUCCUUGGGCAUGCUAUCACAGAUUUCAGAAAUUGAGAGUGAUAACAUGGAUGCAGCCAGUCCUGAUAGUGGAAAGCUUGGAAAUAGCAACUGCCAUAAUCGCUUUUAUAGCAGUACAACUGGGAUCUCAUAUGGUUCUUGGAAUGAUUCACAUUUAGUAGGGAAUUUUAAUGGCAUGAAAAGAGAUACAGAUGAUAACGGAAAGCUAUUUUCUAAUAUUCAGAACGGAGAGCUUGGAAAUCGGUUUCAUGUAUUAUCACAUCACUUAAGCUUACCAAGGACAUCAGUCGAUAUGGUUGCCAUGGAAAAAUUCCUUCAUUUCCAAGAUUCUGUUCCUUGUAAAAUUAGGGCGAAGCGUGGUUGUGCUACUCAUCCUCGAAGUAUUGCAGAAAGGGUAAGAAGGACCCGGAUUAGUGAAAGAAUGAGGAAAUUACAAGAGCUUGUACCAAACAUGGAGAAGCAAACAAACACAGCAGACAUGCUAGAUUUGGCUGUUGAGUACAUUAAAGAUCUUCAAAAGCAGUACAAGACUCUAAGUGACAUCCGAGCAAAUUGCAAGUGUUUGAGUAAGCAGAAGCCAAUGCAAAACCAAAUUGCUUGAUUUGCUUUUGUACAGAAAAUAAGGGAAGUGGAUAGGAACCAGUUCUUAGUUAUUAUCUUUUUUCUGUGCAAUGAACAAGCAUCUAAAAGCAAAUGUAUUUUCUUUUUUUAUUUUAUUUCUAAUGGGCAAGCAAUAUCAUAUAGUAAGUUUUAGCAAAAAUUUCACUGCAAAAUCAUGUGGAAGCUAACAGAGCUUCCAUUACACAAAUACCUGUAAUAAUAACGAGAGAAAUGUACAGGAUAUGUUCUUGUAGGGCAUUAAUUCCUUGUUAUAUGUAAUUUCUUUGCAGAAGUUUUUUUGAA